UGACCAAUGAGCGUGGAGGAGGCGGGGCCUGUGGGAGGGAGUUGAGGUCGUGUCGUCACUCAGGACGAAGGUGCUAACAAUGUCGUACGUGACAGAAGACAAGCGUGCAGCAAAACGUGUCGCCAUGGACAACACAACCACCACAGACAGCACGGCGACACGCAGCCCUAAUCUGAUGGAGACGGACGCCUUCACAAGCGAGGCACUUCUGGACCCCCGCCAGGAGUACAAGAUGGAUUACAAGCGUCGAGGCCUGGCGCUCAUCUUCAACCAGGAGCGCUUCUUCUGGCGUCUGGGCAUGAACGACCGACACGGAACCGACAUGGACCGCUACAAAUUAGAGAUCAGGCUGAAGGCGCUAAACUUUGAGGUGAAGGUUUACGAAAACUACAAAAAUGAGGAAGUCUUGGAGAAAAUCCAUGCAGCUGCCGAGGCCGACCACUCCGACGCGGACUGCUUUGUGCUCAUCUUCCUGAGCCACGGCGAGGACGAGCACGUGUACACGUACGACGGCAAGAUCAGCAUCCAGCACAUCACGUCGCUCUUCAAAGGAGACAAGUGCAGAAGUCUAGUCGGGAAACCCAAGAUCUUCGUGUUGCAGGCGUGCCGUGGAGACAAGCACGAUGAACCCUGUGACGAAGUGGACAGCCAGAUCAAGACGAACGAGGUGGUGGUGGACGCCAGUGCCGUCCACACUCUCCCGGCUGGAGCCGACUUCAUUAUGUGCUACUCUGUGGCGGAAGGCUACUACUCCCACCGGGAAACCGUAAACGGCUCGUGGUACAUCCAGGAUCUCUGCGAGAUCAUGAAGAGGUACGGCGAGUCCCUGGAAUUCACGGAACUCCUGACGCUGGUCAACCGCAAAGUGUCAAUGAGGAGCGUUUUGAACAGUAAGGACAGGGAGGCCAUCGGGAAGAAGCAGGUACCGUGCUUCGCCUCCAUGCUCACCAAGAAGCUGUACUUCCACCCCAAAAAGUAACCAGCGUCCACGUUUUUGUGGAAACUUGGAACGGCAUACGGCUGACCUGUCCAUUAGUUGACAUGACAAUGAUGUUGGAAUAAUUAUGGGUAAUUCAAUGUAGCGUCGGGUCCAGUAUUUGCGCUCCAGUCCAGUCAAUUAUUGCGCACCACAAUAUAGUACCCAAUAGUACCUAAGAAGUGACCUCACCUCUUGAGCAACUCCGCCCAAUAGUCACGAUGCUACCGAUUGUUUUAAUAUCAAAUUGCUUAUGAAUGGGUCGUGUCAGACAUACUGUAAAUCAGGCCUGGGCAACUAUUUUGACUCAGGGGGACAAAUUUGGAGAAAAAAAUUUGUCUUUUUAGGAACACUAAUACAAAACCUCACAAUAAAGUCUGAUUGAAUGCUAAAAACGUUAUGACAGACCGCCUUAAAGAACGGAAUGAAAUUUUAAAUUUUUUUUACUGAAUGAGACACCCAGAAUGUACAUGAAAAUAAUGUGGGAUUUACAAUAUUACCUACGAAGGAUAAAACACUGAAAAUUGACAACAUAUGAACGUCACCCCCCCCACACAUCAUAAUGGCAGCUACACUUUCCAUCUUAAAGGGGAACAUUAUCACAAUUUCAGAAUUGUUAAAACCAUUAAAAAUCAGUUCCCAGUGGCUUAUUAUAUUUUUCGAAGUUUUUUUCAAAAUUUUACCCAUCA